AUGCAAUUUCAAUCGACUUUAAUUAGAAUUAUUUUAUUUUUAACUAUUCAGAAUGCAUUAGCUGUUGAUGAUAUUUUCUCUGAUGAAAAAUUGGACUUUCCUGAUACAUGUGAAACAGGACAUGUUACUGGAGAUUGGAAAGAAUGUGCAAGUCGUUUAAGUACACUUAUAUGGGAUGCUCACACGUGGUAUGAUAAUCAACCAAUUAGUAUAUGUAAAAUUAAAUGUACCCGUGUAUUAAAAGGACAUGUUAGUAAAUUUAAAUGGGUUUGGGAUGCAAAAUUUCACUGUGAAGAAAAAGCUCCAGGAAUUAUUGGUAAAGCUCGUGGAUUUAAAACUCGACGAGAAGCAAUGCAAUCAGCCAUUUCUCAAACAAUCGAACAAGCUAUUAUGAAUGAUAAAUUAACAGCAAAUGAUUUUAAAUGUUUAUUCACAUAA